AGGUCCCCAAUUCGCCGUCAUCCUCCUCCCUCGGGCAGACGCACAACGGAGGCAAAUUCCCCAAUUCCGGCCGGAUCUAUCCGACAGCCGGAGCUCCCUUCGCUUUGCGCGGCCGUUUUGUUCGAUUCCGGAGAAGUGAUGGAUCAGCGGGCGAGGUACCCUCCCGGCAUCGGCAACGGCCGCGGCGGGAAUCCUAACUACCAUGGCCGUGGCCCGCCGCCGACGCAGCAGCAGCAGCAGGCGCAGGGGCACCAGGAGCAGUACAUGCAGCGGCACUCGCAGCACUCGCAGCACCACGACCAGCAGCUUCAGCAUCAGCAGUGGCUUCGGCGGAAUCAGGCCGCUGGCGAGGCCGCGGGCGCUGCCAGAGCCAGCGAGCACCACGCGCCGCCUGCCGCCGAUGACGCCGAUUUGAGUGGACUCGUGCUGCUGGAUAUGGGAAUUGCAAUAACUGCUGAGCAACUAACAGAACGUGCCCGUGUGCAUAUUUUGAAGGCUAUGUGUAGCUGUGGAUGUUGUCUAGUACUGAAUAUGUGUUCGCAAGACUGGAAGGCCCAAUUGAAGCUUCCACCUCCAGAUACGCGCUACCAGACCGAGGAUGUCACUGCAACUAAGGGGAAUGAAUUUGAAGACUAUUUUCUGAAGCGUGAACUUCUUAUGGGCAUAUAUGAGAAAGGAUUUGAAAGACCGUCUCCUAUCCAAGAAGAAAGCAUUCCUAUUGCAUUAACCGGCAGUGACAUUCUUGCAAGAGCAAAAAAUGGAACCGGCAAGACUGCUGCAUUCUGUAUACCUGCGCUAGAGAAGAUUGAUCAAGACAAAAAUGCUAUUCAAGUUGUUAUAUUGGUUCCCACGAGGGAAUUGGCUUUACAAACAUCACAAGUCUGCAAGGAACUUGGGAAACACUUGAAGAUUCAAGUCAUGGUCACUACUGGAGGAACAAGCCUAAAGGAUGAUAUUGUCCGUCUUUAUCAACCUGUGCAUUUACUUGUGGGGACGCCUGGUCGAGUUUUGGACCUUACAAAGAAAGGCAUUUGCAUUCUGAAGGACUGUUCAAUGCUUAUUAUGGAUGAGGCAGACAAGCUUCUUUCUCCCGAGUUCCAACCUUCUGUGGAGCAGUUAAUUCGAUACCUUCCAUCGAGUCGACAGAUUCUAAUGUUCUCUGCAACAUUCCCGGUCACUGUCAAGGCUUUCAAGGACAAAUAUCUGCCUAAACCCUAUGUUAUUAAUCUUAUGGACGAACUUACAUUGAAGGGAAUUACCCAGUUCUACGCUUUUGUUGAAGAAAGGCAGAAAGUCCAUUGUCUGAACACUCUUUUUUCCAAGCUGCAAAUUAAUCAAUCUAUAAUAUUCUGUAACUCCGUAAAUCGUGUUGAACUACUGGCGAAGAAGAUCACAGAGCUUGGUUACUCUUGCUUCUACAUCCAUGCUAAAAUGCUGCAGGAUCAUCGUAAUAGAGUAUUCCAUGAUUUCCGUAAUGGCGCAUGCAGGAACCUUGUGUGUACAGAUCUUUUUACAAGGGGAAUAGAUAUUCAAGCUGUUAAUGUUGUUAUCAAUUUUGAUUUCCCCAAGAACGCUGAAACCUAUCUCCACAGGGUUGGUAGAUCUGGGAGAUUUGGCCACCUUGGCCUAGCUGUGAAUCUGAUCACCUACGAGGAUCGGUUUAAUUUGUAUCGGAUUGAGCAGGAGCUUGGAACUGAGAUAAAACCUAUACCUCCUCAGAUAGACCGGACAAUAUAUUGCCAAUAGUUGUCUGGCAGAUUAAUCUUGUAUGCCCCACGCUGGGAGUAACAAGACAACUUGUGUAAAUAGCAGCUCAUCAGGAUUCAUUUGUCUGAUCUUUAUGGUGUAUCUUAAGUUGGUUUGGGGCACUCUGUGACUGGUGAAAUUGUAGCUAGCUCAUCUAAUUUUCAGCGGACCAUUUGUGCGGAUGUAUCAUGGCUAAGCCAAAGCUUCCCAUUACUCUGACAAUAGUUGAUGUUGCUAACCAGGUCCCUGUUCCGAGACUGUUUUCCCUAAAACUGUAAGAUCUCUUUUCUUUUGACAAUGUAUUGGCUGGCUAGCUUUUUCUACAGGUCAUUCUGUGAGUUACGUGACCUUGGCGUGAACAGAUGGAUCAUUCCACCUGGCCAAGCUGUCAAGACGUAUCCGUGUCAAGAUCUAGGGGUAUGAACCGCACAUUUCAAGUAUCUUGUAUCUGCAUGCAUUCUGAUGUGCCGUAUUUGUAAUUCCUAGAUCGGAUUGGUGUUCAAGGAGUGUUUGUUCGGUUCAAGAUUUAUGUUUCCUUUGCUCUCUACAUGAGAGCGUGCCACACAAUGUUCUUGUUCUGGUCGCUUGCUCUCAAGCGAAGGUGGAUGUACUGGCAAUUCAAGUUGAACCAUUAUAUUUGAAGAAAUAUAUUUGCUGAUGCUUCUUCAAUGAUCA